CCAUCAAUAUUAAAAUACUCUUCAUUGUAGAUGCGAAUCGAUGGAGUUUUAACUCUUUAACUUCCGUUCUUCGUGUCUGCUCUUCGUGUCUGCUGAAAAGAUGUUGGUGUAAACAAGCUGGCCAUAUCUUCAAAUUAAAAUUGCUUAUAGACUUCUAUUUAGGUUCCAAGAAGAUAUUAUAUUGUGCUUUUGUUGAUUAUUGAAAAGCUUUUGAUUCAGUAAUACGAAGUUAAUAUAUAUCAGUGGCGUAGCGCGACCAAAAGUAGUGGGUUAGGGAGGGGGUGGCCCCUCCCUUUGUAAACGGCAGGGGGUUCGGGGGUCUUCCCCCGAGGAAAUUUGGAUUUAUAGAUGCAAAAUAACGCAAUCUGGAGACAUUUGACAACAUUUUUAAUUCUCUUCUUAUCUAAUAAAUAGAGGAUAUUGAAAUAGUGUAUCAACAAUUACAACAAAAGAAAUGUCAGGUAUCCCAGAUUUUUCAAGAAUUGAAGAAGAUGAGGUAUCAACAAGAACUACAAAUGAAGAUGGAAGAAUCCAAGAUUUUUCAGCCAUUGACAUUGAAGAUACAGAUGAGGUUCAAAAUAAAGAAUCACCUGAUGAUUGUGCAAAUCGCAUAGUUCCAAGUAAUAGCAAGGUGAGGGAGCCACCAUCACUUUAUGUUCAUCAAAUUCCACUGGAAGCAAGUAACCUUAAGACUCCAAGAUUAGAUGAUGAUCUUAUAAUUCCAUCAAAACAUGAUUUACAGACAGUGAACAAAUUGUUGGGUGGCAACUGGAGAGUAUUGCUCUCUUUGAUUGAUACAGGUGACAAUCAAGUUAUGGUUAAAGAUGAGCUGCAAGCGGAGAGAAAACUUUAUACUUACUUUGCAAAUGUAUCAUAUAAUCUCAAAGUGAAAAAAGAAGUUCCACCAAAUGAUGUUACUCUUAGGGACAUAGUUACUCGCAUUGACCACCUUCUGGCAAGUGAUAUCCACUGGUUAUGUCUGGUCAACAGUUUGAAAGAUAAGAGACAUGAUGACCUGUUGUCCGACAUUUACAGUCUUUUGCCAGACUUUGACUCUUUCUGGUCUGCUUUGUCAAUGCCCCAUUAUGAUGGUAAACAUGACAGGUUUCAAGCAAAUGAUCCUAUCAGCAAAGAGCUGAAGGAACUUAAAGAGGACAUUAAUAGCAUAAAUGUUCCAGAAGACCUCCAGGAGCUAGAAAAAUUCAAAAAAGACAGAAAGUUCUCUUUCUUCCUUGAGAAACAAAAUUUAGUAAGCUAUGCAAAAUCUUUAAAUUUGGAUCAAUAUUGCUGUAAAUUUCUAAUGUUAUCUAAGAUUAAUAUUAAAAUGGGUGAAUGGGAAAGGUUUCUCAACCAAAUUGGUAUUACUGCAAUUAGGAGAAAGAAAUCUGCAGAUCACUUUUGUGUUAUGUAUUACCUAGAAAAUAAAUAUUUAUUGGGUCAGAAGAUCAUUAGUGAAUAUGGUGGUGUGGGAAGUUUAGGAUAUAUAUUUUAUAAAGAUGGGGCCAUGAACCUUAUGACAAGUUCACAUAUUUUGUUAGAUGUAUCAAUAUUCAAUAAAAUGAAAAAAAAUCAAAAAAUAUUUGUAAGUUUAAAAAAUCAGUGUCAUAUUGAAGGAAUUGGGAGUGCUGUCAUUAGACAAGGGGUGUAUUCAGAAGGAGAUGACCAGUCUGCUGGAGUCGAAAUUGUUUUUGUUGACACUAGUUCUGUGCCUUACUUUCAAUCAAACGAUUUUCCUAUUCCUACUGGCCAUCAUGGUCUUGUUCCACUUCCUUCACUACGAGAUGCAUAUGGUACAGGUUCCGUUUGCUCUCAGUCUGAUACACCUGUGAUGGGUGCCACAGGUUCAGACUGCCCUCAGUUUGAUACAAGUACAAGGCCAUUUUCUUUAGAUACUGAUUUUAAUAAAGAAGGUACAGAUUCAGAUACUCCUGUAAUAGAUGGUAGUAUCAUUCCUCCUAUUGGUCAUCUAUAUUGUCAAUGGAAAUGCCAUGACUUUCCGGACCAUUUGUAUUUCGAAGGGAAUAUAGGGGAGUAUAUGGAAAUAGAAUCAGAAGUUUACAUUCUGGGAGCAGUUACUGGUCUAGCUAUGGGAAAUAUAAUACAAACAGAUUUUACAUUUGAAGUUGAUUACCAAUCAGUCGAAAAUAUUAUGGAUAGAUUUAAAAGAUUAUUUAACAGACCUAAACCUCAAUUAUUACUUAAAAACCAGUCUGUGGUAAAAUGGGAAUCUUAUGAGAUCCCUUUUUCAAAAAAGGGUGAUUCUGGGGCUGCUGUGUUUCAAGUUAACAAAGAAACAGGCAAAUUGACGGCAGUGGGUAUUCUUACAGGUAAUGAUAAAAAAUUGAAGGUCUCUUAUGUUACACCAAUAAAGGAUAUUCUUCAGACUAUUGGUCAUAACUAUGAAUUAGGUCAUUUUAAAUUAAGUCUUAGAGAGCAGGAUAAAGAUGUACAACAAAAACUAUUUUCUGACUUGUGUAAGAAACUAGGCAUAGAGUAGAAGCUGAAUUUACUCGGGAUACAGAGUCUGUUUGUGAGAGAUCUGGUCAUUUUCUGAUGAAACUCCUCUGUAGAAUAUCACCUAGUUAAAGUAAAUUCUCAUCUGAUUUUGAAAAUUUCAAUUUAAGUGAAAAAAUCCAGAAAAUAACUAAAUUGUAUAUUAUAUAUGAUAAACUUUAGAUUGAUGUUCGUGAAUUGUUUUGUAAUGACAAAACUUAUGUAAAAGAUAGAUACGGCUGUGUGAAUUGAAAGAGAAAUCUUUUUCUAUUUAUAUUUGCAUAUACUUUAUAAUUCCUAUUGUGGUUUCAUUAUUCUUAUAUUUUGUAUCUGCUCUACAUUUUGAGGCCCUUGAAGGAUAUUCAUUAUACUUUGGCCAAAUGUUCAUCCCAUUGAAACACAAUGCUACACCCAAAUUUAAGAUGUCCAACUUGUACAUCAAUGUCAAAGGUUUAAGGUUUAAACCAGCAUUUUUUGUUUGUUUCUGCUGUACAUCUUUUAGAAUUAUUUAAGCAAUAUAAUUGAUAUAUGGGUUAAACAUUUAUCUUAUUGAAAUAAAUCAUGGGUAAAACCACAUCAUUGGAGGUACAUGUAAAGGGUCAAGGUCUGAAAAUAAAGGUCAAAGGUUUGAUUUUACAAAUAUGUGUGCGCUCUUAAAUUUUAGAUUUGCUAGAAAACUUCUAUAUAUUUGGUUUGAAUUUUUGUUUGCAUGAUGUCUUAAGAAAUAUUAAUACUUAGGUUGGUUAAUAAUCCCACUUAGUCCAUAUUCAGGUCAAGGUUAAAGUUAAAGCUCAAGAAUUUGAGCCAGAGAAUUUGUGUCUAUCAUGACUAUUGGGUAUGCAAUUGUAAUUGGGCCGAUAUUAGCAUAUUAUUGAUAGAAUACUAGUAUCAAGUUCCAGAUGAAUUGUUAAUGAGUACAAAUUGGAAUGUUUACACUGCUUUACACAAAAAAUACAUUACUGGUUGUACAGUACUAAAUAUUAUCACCUGGUUGUAUAGUACUAAAUAUUAGCACUAGGUUGUACAGUACUAAAUAAUCUCACCAGCUUAAAUAGUACUAAAUAUUAUAUAUAUUAUAUUAUAUUUUACACUCUUUCCGUUUGUAUAUUUCAAAUAUGCAGUAUAGAAAUGGUAUUUAAGAAACACACUCUGUUCUUUUGUAUAUUACAAAAAAAAAAUGCAUUAUAAAAUGGUAUUUUAGAAUCAUACCUCCAGAUUCAUGUCAAUUCUCACAACAUUUUAAAAAUUGUUUACUUUGUGAAAAGCAAAAAUGGCAGCGAAUAUACCAAUGAUCUCAGCUGUUCUCUUACGAUUAUUAUCAUAAUAUAUGUACAUUAUUUAAGAUAAUGAAACAUUUUUGAAGGAUAUUAAUUUAUACAUUCAUCACUCUAAAUCCAAUGAUGAAUAUUUUUUUACCUUUGGUUUUUCUUUUAGUGUUCUUUUGUUGUUGUUGUUGGUGUGUUAUUGUAAUAUGCCCGAAAGAAUUUCGGGCAUAUUAUGUUAUACCCCCUGGCGUCCGUCCGUCUGUCUGUCCGUACAAACCAGAGCUACAUUAUGGUUCUUACCAGAGCUACAUUAUGGGGUUUUCUUUUGUUAUUUCUUUUGUUCUUUUUAACCCCACAAUGCAGAAAAUAACCCCACAAGAGAAACGGAAUGAAUGACAUCAAAGACAUCUAUUGUUAUGAGAACAAUAGACCAAACCCCUCCGUCCCUCCGUACGUCCGUCCGUCCGUUAGCAAUUUGGUUUCCGGAGCAUAACUUAAGUUCCAUUUGGCCCACAAUAUUCAAACUUCAUAUGAUGAUUGUCCAUAUUGGGUAGAAGACCCCUAUUGAUUUUGGGGUCACAAGGUCAAAGGUCAAGGUCACUAUUACCUUAAAACUGAAAACAGUUUCCGGAGCAUAACUAAAGUUCCAUUUGGCCCACAGUGUUCAAACUUCAUAGGAUGAUUGUCCAUAUUGGGUAGAAGACCCCUAUUGAUUUUGAGGUCAAAGAUCAAGGUCACUAUUACCUUAAAACUGAAAACAGUUUCCGGAGCAUAACUAAAGUUCCAUUUGGCCCACAGUGUUCAAACUUCAUAGGAUGAUUGUCCAUAUUGGGUAGAAGACCCCUAUUGAUUUUGAGGUCAAAGAUCAAGGUCACUAUUACCUUAAAACUGAAAACAGUUUCAGGAGCAGAACUUAAGUUCCAUUUGGCCCACAAUAUUCAAACUUCAUAGGAUGAUUGUCCAUAUUGUGUAGAAAACUCCUAUUGAUUUUGGGGUCACAAGGUCAAAGGUCAAGAUCACCUUAAAACUGAAAACAGUUUCCGGAGCAUAACUUAAGUUUCAUUCGGCCCACAGUGUUCAAACUUCAUAGGAUGAUUGUCCAUAUUGGGUAGAAGACCCCUAUUGAUUUUGGGGUCACAAGGUCAAAGGUCACUAUUACCUUAAAACUGAAAACAGUUUCCGGAGCAUAACUUAACUUCCAUUUGGCCCACAAUAUUCAAACUUCAUAGGAGGAUUGCUAUUUGAAGGAGGUAAUACUUUAUUUAAUUAUCAUGUCUUACAAAUGCUUCAUCCUUACUAAAAA